AUGGGAUCUUGUCCAUCCAAGCAAGCAGGACCUCGGAAGAUUGCGGCGAUCCUGAGAGAGAAGUCUGGUGUCAAGUCCGCCUCACACAAACCCGACAUCACAAACAACAAUGAUUACGAUAUGCUUAUACCUCCUGGUCCAAAUACCAAAACCAAAGACAAUAUAGUACCAUCACCGGAAAUACUAGAGCUGAUUGAUGCACACGUCACAGAGACCCCCAGCGAAGUCUGUGGAAAUGUUGCUACUCUAGUGGAUUAUCUGACCCGUGAUUUUGACGAGAGAGUGGAGAAGGUUAAAGCUGUACACAGAUGGAUAACUACCAACAUAAGAUACGACGUUCAAGGCUUUCAAACACGAGAAUUCGGAAAAUCAUCAGCAGAAGACGUUUUGAAAAAGAAGUGUGCUGGUUACCACGGUUAUUGUAAUCUAUUUGCGGCAAUGUGCAGAUCCAUUGGUAUUCCGGUGAAAACUCUAGAAGGUUAUGGAAAAGACGACACAAAUAUUGAAGAAGUAGCCUUUGAUUUACAAUCCUCGGAAAUCAACCAUGCCUGGAGCGUGGUUCACAUUGGGGAGGAGUGGCGAUUUGUGGAUUGCACAUGGGAUGCAGGGUACAUUAACGACAUUGGCAAAUUUCAGUGGUUGUGUAAUGACUUCUAUUUCUUAACAAAUCCGGACUUUUUCGGUGUCAAACAUUUUCCGUAUAUGAACGACAAUUUGGAAACUAGCAAACAAUGGCAAUUAGUUGACGAACCCAUAGAUCUGGAAACAUUUUCAAGAAGAGCGAUUAUUCAUGAAUAUGCUAUGGAAAACGGAAUAGGGCUUGUAACACACGGGGAUACUUUGAUUGAAGUGAUAUGUGAAACUACGAUUAUCAUUAGUGGUCCCAGCGUGCCAAUAGAAGACGUGUCUUGUGAAAUGGAAGAAGUUUACCAAUUUGACAAUAUAGUACAUGACCAAUAUACCAUGGCAGAACGAAUGGGACGUGAUGGUGUCAAAAUAAAGCUCAAAUUGCCUACCGUCACUACUUACAUACUCAAAAUAUAUGCCAAGAUGUUUUCUAAAGAAAACGACUUCGGUAAAGUUGCUACUUACAUUGUUAAGUGCUUACAAGUUUCUAAGGACAUGGAGCUAUUUCCCUGUCAUGGAAUCUGGGGUCCUGAGCUUUAUUAUCGGGAUAUAGGGUUUGAAAAAGCAAUUGUUUAUCAGUGGUGGUAUGAAACAUCAUGUGGCGAAAUUGAUUUGUACAUACCCGUCUGGGAAACAAUGGAGAUAGUUCCCAGACUGCAGUCAUCAGAGGACGUUGAUGAAGUUGUGAACAGCGUUCUUAUUCAAACUGAUGCACGAUCCAUCGUAGCAAUUGCGCGCAUGCCCAAAAGAGGAAAUUACAAACUGACCAUAUCAAAGAAAACGUCUGAUGGAUCCGUCCUUCCUGCUAUCCACUAUCUGAUCACGUGUAAUCACGGAUACAUACCGUUUAUGCCUUUUCCCAUUGCAUUACCAGUUGUUCAGAAGUUCAUGAUAACGCUCAUAGAACCCAAGAAACGAUUUCUUCCCGCGCGGAAUUAUGUGAGAUUUCGCAUCAUAUCACCAUUGCUACAAAGUAUUCGUCUUGGGGAGCAAACAUUCACCAAACGUGUGGGAGAUAAGUGGGAUUUUACAGUCUUGACACCGGGUCCGGAUGAAGAUUACAUGAUGUAUGGAGGGACUGCCAACUACCGGACCAGUAUUUUCUGUUUUCGGACAGUGCAUUUUGUGCCAGAGCCACAUAUUUGCGAGAGAUUGAUUCGGACCUCUCAGUCACGACGAAGUCUUAAUAACAUCUAAGAAAAUGCAAUAUGCUCAUGGACCUAUAUACACCCAGAAACUGCUCUACAAUCUGCCUACAUUCAAGAAUGUACCACUCUGAUUGUUAAACCUGCUGAAUUUGCAAAAAAUAAAACUAUUGAUUUUGUAUCCCAACCGUUUUCGUGAAGAGGAGCAC